AUGAUGGAUGAACCGAGAUUUGCUCAACCCAUUCCAAACGUGACAGUUGCAGUUGGAAGAGAUGCAAAUUUACCGUGCGUAGUGGAGCACUUAGGGACUUAUAAGGUUGCGUGGAUUCACAUAGAUAGACAAAUGAUAUUGACAAUACACCGUCACGUCAUCUCGAGAAUUCCACGAUAUUCAAUUACAUAUGACAAUUCAAACACAUGGAUGCUGCAUGUGAAUCAAGCACAACAGGAGGAUCGGGGGUACUACAUGUGUCAAGUGAACACAAAUCCAAUGAUUAGUCAGGUUGGCUACCUUCAAGUUGUUGUUCCUCCAAAUAUUUUGGAUAUUGAAAGCACUCCAUCAUCAGUGGCAGUGCGUGAAAAUCAAAGCAUUAACAUGACAUGUCGUGCUGAUGGCUUUCCAACACCAAAAAUUAUUUGGCGUCGUGAAGAUGGACAAAGUAUAACAGUGGAAAGGAAGAAAAAGGUAAUGGUUUAUGAUGGGGAUGUGCUUCAUCUAACGAAAUUGAGCAGGAAUGAGAUGGGAGCUUAUCUCUGUAUAGCAACGAAUGGUAUACCACCCUCGGUAUCGAAGAGGAUCAUACUAGAUGUUGAAUUUUCACCAAUGAUUUGGGUUCCCAAUCAACUUGUUGGUGCGCCUAGUGGCACAGAUGUUACAAUUGAUUGCCAUACUGAGGCACAUCCGAGAGCCAUCAUCUACUGGGUUUAUAAUCAAGUUAUGGUCUUACCUAGUAAAAAAUACAUCAUCGACUACAAUGAAAAUUCAUAUCGAGCUCACAUGAAAUUGACGAUUAAGAAUUUAUCUGCUGGUGAUUUUGGAAACUAUCGAUGCAUAUCGAAAAAUUCGCUUGGCGAGACUGAGGGAUCGAUAAGAGUUUAUGAAAUUCCACUGCCAGCGACGCCAUCAAAACAGGUCACAAUAGCUGAGCCAAAGGAAAUCGCUCGUGUCAAUGAUACGACAACGAAAGUUAGUCAGCCUGAGAUUUUAUUUCCUGCACGACCCGAAAGCAAUAUUCAUAAUGAACGUGAACGCAAUGGACCAAAUAGCAUCCAAAUAGAACGAAAAGGAACAUUGGCUAUCGGAAGCUUUUCAUUCACCGACUCGCCACCAAACGAAUAUGGAAUUAUAUCAAAAGCCAACAAAAUAAAUCGACGUAUGUUAAGUGAAAUAAGUGCCACAAUUAUGGUUUUCGUAAAUACUUUAUGCAUAUCAUUAAAGAUACGUAGCUCUUGUUAA